AUUACUACGAAAUUUUAGUAAAAUCUAUUAAACAAAAACAUAAAAAUCUUUAAAACACUUUGGUGUUCUGGGAAAAUUUAUAAGCAAACAAAAUGUCUACAUUGGAAUUGUGUGAAAAAUACUUUGAGACACGCGAUGUGUAUAAGUUGUUCGAUGUUGAAAAGACCGCAGCGGAAAAAGACAUUAAAAAAGCCUACUACAAAUUAUCACUGCUAGUGCAUCCAGAUCGUGUGCCAGAAAUCCAAAAAGAAACUGCCACCGAAAAGUUUAAGCUGCUGUCGAAGCUCUAUCAAAUAUUGGCCGAUAAAGACAAACGGGCUCUGUACGAUGAACAGGGCAUUAUUGAUGAUGACGAUGAUAAUUUGGAAGGGAAACUUAACAAUUGGCUGGAGUUAUGGCGGAAACUCUUCAAGCCUUUAACCGAAGAAGAUAUAAACAAUUAUGAGAAGUCGUAUGUGGAUUCGGAUUUGGAAAAGGCAGACAUUAAGAAAGCCUAUCUGGGUGGUAAGGGUUGCAUUAAUUAUAUGAUAAAUUCAGUGCCAUUUAUGAAGGUAGAAGAUGAACCGCGUAUGCAAGAGAUUGUCAAAGAAUUGAUAGCAGCCGGAGAUGUGCCAGAAUAUAAAAUCUUUACCGAGGAGCCCGAACAAAAACGUAAGAAACGCCACAAGAAAUACGCCCGUGAAUCCAAGGAGGCUGAAGAAAUUAAAGCAAAAAUUGAGGCUAGAAAUAAAAAGCGUGCCGAUGCUGCUGGCUCAGCGCCACAGGCGGCUGGCGGCAGUCUUGAACAGGCCAUUAUGGCCAGACAAAAGUCACGUCAAGGUGGUUUUAAUUCAUUGAUGGAUAAGCUAAUGGAGAAAUAUGGUAAUGAAGAUGAUGAGGACGAUGUUCUGGACUUUAGCGCUUACGAGAAAGUCAACAAGUCCAAAAAGAAGUCGCACAAGAAAGCCGGCAAGGAAAAGGAUAGCCCAUUGCAUGCUGUUAAGAAGGGCAAAGUUAAGAAACGUUAAAAGUACGACGAGGGAAAUUAAUUAUUUUUUUUGUUUGCUUUAGUAAUUAGAUUUAUUUUAUACACGAUUAUAACAUAUUUGUAGGAUAAAAAUACAUAAAUAAGUAUUUUCAUUAAUUGAAAAAAGAAGGAUGAAUAAAUUUUUUUUGUUUUAAAAAAUA